AUGAUAGCUGGUCCACAGGUACCUUCAAUCGAGCUGCCCGAAAGGGCUUCUCCUAUGGCUGUUCAGGCAGCCAGGAAUGCAGCUUCAAAUCAACAUGCCUUGGUCAACUUGAUUCGAUUGGUGAAGUCUCUUGAGGCCAAGGUCAAUUCAGACGACGUGGAUCUAGCGAAUGAGCCGUACACGGCUAAGAAAGAAUGGGAGACUGUGUUGUACACCCGAGCUCUAUUAGAUGCCUUGAAAGAUGGAAAUGAACAAUCAUCAUCAACAUCUUCGAACCUUUCUGUAUUAGACAAGGAACUUUCAUCUGUCGAAUCGUCCUUUCGAAUCCGACUAUCAUCCCCCUUACCUACACCAACUCUCAAUCCAGCUCUGAUCGCUUUACCCAUGACUCCCGACCCAUCUUAUCCUCCCCCUGCAGAAUCCAUCCCAAUAUCCUCUUUCCACUCUUCUCCAAAAUUGACACCACCCACAGUCACCCCAGCUGAGCGAGUUCCGCCUUCCGAUGGAGUAAGGAAAAGGCGAUCUCGUGUAGAUGAAUAUCUUGCUCAAAGAUCUAAAUCAGAUCUCACAGGGUCAGAAGAAGGGCUUUUACCUCUUAAACCUAUCAAGCCGCCAAAACAGAACGUCAAUGGUCAAGGGGAACGAGAAAGUUUGUUAGCUGGAUCAGGACCUGGAAAUGGAUUAGGAUCGGCUCAGUUGCAUGAAGAAUUGGGUGGUCAGCUUGUCGACAUGUCACACCGUUUGAAGUUAAACGCGGUACAUUUUGCCAACUCUCUCGAGAAUGAGAAAUCGAUAAUCGAGAAUUCACAAAACACCUUAGAGAAUAAUCUAACGGUCACUAAAUCAACCAAGAAACACCUCUCGAGCGUAUCUUCAAAAGGUAGAAGUACGACUUGUUUGACCAUCGGCGUGGUCUUAUUAGUUAUGGUCAUGUUCAUCUGGACCUAUAUGCUCAUACGAUUCACGUAA